AUGGCCGCAAUUCCCGCCGGAUCUUCCGUCGCGUCUUGCUGCAGCACGAACGAGAAGGAAGCGCAGGCAGGCUCCUCGGGGGUAAAAAACGACCCGAAAGACGGCACCGCGGCCGGCGGCGGCGGCGGCGGGAGCAGCAGCGGGUCGGUGGUGUGGGGCCACGUGGAGGAGCUGGCCAAUGAGGUGGCGGAACUGAAGAGGCGGCUGCAGGAGGAAGAGGAGGAAGGGCGGCGGCUGCGCAACGAAGUGAAGCAUCUCCGCAGCAGCAACCACGAUUUGAAAAUCAUCCCGCCGCGCUCUCCCCGCGCGGCGGACCCGGUUACGCCGGCGCUCCUCGCGCAGUCCAUCCGCGCUUCGUUCAUCGAGCCCGCCGCCGACAGCCCGUGCCCAGACGGCGGCAACGGUGCCGGCGCUGGCGGCGGCGGCGGCGGCGCGAAUCUCAGGAGAUCCGUCUCCCUCGGCCGCGCCGAGGGGGUGUCUGCCUACGCCCGUCACAUGGCCGCAGCGUACGCGGCGAACAACGGCGAAGGCGACGGCACCGGAGCGAAGGCGAGUGGUGGUGGUAACCCGGUGUGGGUGAGUGGCGAGCAGUGGGUGCACACUCUCUCCUCGCCGCGUCACAGCAUCAACGCCAGUGAAUUCGGCGUGUUGCAACUAGGAGACGAAGAAGACGGAUUAAGACGCUCCUCGGGCACUCCGCUCUCGCUCCUGCUCUCCCUCUCUCGCCCUCUCUCCGGACCUCUGCCGAACCACCUGCAGUCGGGUCGGGGAUCGUUGGUUGCUCCUCGAAGCGCGAAUGACGGCGCUGCGGGGAAUUCGCCUGUCGGGCCUGGUGUCAGCCCGAACGCGAAGCUUCGGACGGGCAACAUGAUUGUAACGGGGCUGACUGUAACGGACGCGAACGGCGUCGCGAAAACGAUUAAGAUGGAGCAGCUCGUGACUGCCGAGCCUACGACGCCGAGCCGGCCUCCGGUCUACCAGGGUCGGCCGAGCCUGGAUAAGAAACGGCCGCCGCCAAUCAAGGGCAUCCCGCUGCCCUGGGAUUCGAUGGACGGCGAGGAUCUGAAGAGCCAGAGCGGGUUGGGGACUUCGGGGACGGCGGAAGGCGGAGGCGGAGCGGAGAUUGCGGGGGAGAAGAGUGUUGGCGGAAGGUCAUGGGGAAGAGUGGGGAGUUUGAGCAGAGGGGGUAGUGUGGGCGGGCGUGAGGGGGAAGAGGUGGAGGGCGGGGCGGAAGAGGGGGAAGGGGAAGGGGACGGGGAGGAAAGCGGAGGUGAGUCCGGGGAGGGAAGCAUGGAGGCUAAUGCGUCUGAUGAGGACGAAGGAAGGAGAGACGAGAAAGGAGAGAAGGACGAGAAGAAGGGAGGGGAUGGGGAGAUAGAGCAGCUGAUGGCGCUGGUGGAAGCGAGAGAGAAGAGAGAGACAGGCGCAAAGAGAGAGACAGGCGCAAGGAGAGACACCUCCGCGUCCCCGUCCGCGUCCCCGUCCUCUUGUGGAGCCAAGACUAAGACUGGUACUGCGUUUGGUGAUAAGGCUAAGACUGCUGUUGCUGUCGCCGGAGCCGCUGGUGCUGGUGCUGUUCCCCGCGCCAGCAGCGCGGGUAGCGGCAGCAAGGCGGCAGGCGCAGCAAGAGGGCGCAGCGGAAGUCCCGUGUUGCGGCGGAGCAGUAGCGGCGGAGCAGCAAGCGGGUUUGGCUCUUCUUCCGCCACGAACCGUCUUGCCGCCUCUCCCCGCGCUGCUUCCCCGCGCGCUGCCUCCCCCGGGGGGAGCAACAGCAGAGGUACCUUCUCCCGCACGGGAUCUUUCCGCGCGCCUUCUCCCCGCGCUGCUUCCCCGAGUGGCGGAUACAGCGGGACGAGGGGACGACUUUCGAGGAGCACGGUGGAAACGGGGGAUAAUAUCUUUGGCGAUGAUAUCGAUGAGGAGAUUGAGAUGGAGGGCGUGAAAGGGGGAGGCGGAGGGGGCGCGUUGCGCCGAUCGGCGUCGUUCGGAAGCAGCUGCCGGGCGGCCGCGGGCGGAGGAAGCGGGGGAGAAGGCGGAGAAGAGGGGGCGGAUGUGCGGGGAUCGCGGGAGUCCCUGUGUCGCAGCGCUAGUCUGGGGGGAAGGCGGAACCCCAGCGCAACGCCUCUCGCCGCUGCGUUGGAGUCAUCUCACGGCCAUGCGGCGGAAGGGGAGGGGGAAGGUGAGGGCCCGUCGCUUCAGCGGCAGAACGUGUUGCGGGGGAAGAGUGGGGAAGUCGUUGAGUGGGAGAGGCGCGGGGAAGCAAUGCUUAUGCCACACAGGAUGGAACAGCAACCCCAGCAGCAGCUGCAGCAGGAACGGCAGCGGCAGCAGGAAUGGCAGGCGCAGCAGCAGCAGCGGCAGAUUGGGAGUGUGCAAGAGCGUGUUGCGGGGGAUGCUGGCAUGGGCAGCAGCAGCAACAGCAGCAGCAGGCUUCGCCGCUCUGUGUCUGCUGACGUGGGUGACGCAAUGCUGGUGACUCUAGGCGGCGCCUGUGACUAUAACGGAGGUGAGACGACUGAGAACAGCAGCAGCAGCAGCCACAGGCGCUUCUACAGCCAUGGUGAGUUUAACGAGGGCGGGCACAGUCACACCCGCAAUAAGCACAAGCACGAGCAGCAGCACGAGCAGCAGCACCACCACAGCAAGCAGAGCAUGUUCCAGAGGCUGUUUCAGAGGGCUAAAAAGAGCAUUACCGGCAGCGGUAACACACGGAAUCAUCAUCAUCACCAGCAGCAGCAAGAGCUUUCCCUGGGCGCGGGUGCAGGGAAAAAGGGCCCUGCAAGGACUAUGUCAGAUGGUGCUGUUGGCAUUGACGGCUGGCAGAAGCAAAGCGCAGAGCCUUGGGAGAAUUUGAGUGAGGGUGUGGACGGUGUGGGAGCGGGGCGGGGAAGGGGAAGGAGGGAAUGGAACCAUGAUGGCAGUGGGGCAGAGAACCCCCCAGGAGAGGGGCAUAGGAGAGAGGUUUCGUGUGAUAGCAGCGGAGGUGGUGGUAAGAGGAAGGAGGUGAGGGAGGGAAGCGAGGACGGAGGUGGGAGAGAAAGAGGGGAAGCGUCAGCGCAUGCUAAUGUGGGCAGUGCGGGUGCUUCUAGUGCUGCUGCUGCUAGUGCUGCCAGUGCUGCGAUAGCUUCUGUUCAUGGAGGGCAUGGUGGUGGGAUUCUGGGAAAGACAGGAAGACCCAAGGAGGGAGGAUCUGCGGCAUCAGCAUCAGCAGCAGCAGCAGCAGCAGCGGCAGCAGCGGUGGGCGGAGGGCACCAUUCCAACUGGUGGAGUGGCCACAGCAGCCCUCCCCCUCUGCCCAUCCCAUCCUCCUUCGACCCUGCCACCCUCCUCAAACCCACCAGCCCCACCCUCCGACCCACCAACGGAACCAGACCCCACAGCAGAGCACCGUUCUCCACCCCUGUCAGCCCCUUGGCCAGCCCCAGAACCGCCCCAAACGCCUUCAACAGCCCUCGGAGAACCGGAAGCAGCGGCAGCCCAAACAGUAACUGCGGUUCCCCAAACACACCAAACACCCCGGGCACUCCCAACACUCCCAACACCUGGCGAGGUGGCAGCAACGGUGGCAACAACGGCGGCAACAACGGUGCACCCCCCUCCUCCUCCUCCUCGCCCAGCAAGAUUGAUCCUAUCAUCCGUGCGCUCAACUACGCAGCGGUUACAGGCCGGUUACCACCCGGCAUGGCUCUAGACGCCAUCUCAGAGGAGAGGUCCAGUGCGCUCCUCUCCUCCGCCAUCCCCUCCCCCUGCGCGUCCGUUCAUAACUCCCUCCACCUCCUGCCCUCGCUGCCCUCCCCCGGCCCUACACCUCCGCAUCCCUCGCAUCCCACGCAUUCCGCUGUGCAUAAUAACCCGCUGCAGCGCCCGCCGUCGCCCUCGUCCGCCCGUGGUACCCUUCGUUCCGAAGCAGGCGGGUCCGGGAGAAACGCCCUGCAGAUGUCCCAGCUGCAGAUGUCGGGGGAAAUGCUCCCCCCCCCGCGUGUAGCCAUGCCUGGCGCUGCUGCUACCGGUGCUGCUGCCGAUGCUGGUUCUGCAGCCGCUGGUGCCGAUGCUGGUGGUGAUGCUGGUGCUACUGCUCCUCACUCCUCCAAUCCAACCACUCCUCGUCUCUCCCCGACCAGAGGGAUCGGGUCACGUGGCACCCCCCUCUCCCCUCUCUCCCCGCUCUCCCCCACUCGCCCCUCCCCAUCCUCCCCCAUGAGCCCCAUCUCCCCCGCUACCACCUCCCCCAAACCAAUCCCCAUCCGCCACGUCAUUCAGCAGCAGCAGCAGCAGCUCAAAUCACCCCGAGCGCAGCAGCAGCAGCUGAAGUCUCCACGCUCACAGCAGCAGCAGCAGCAGCAGCACAGGAAGCCAGGGCAGCAGCUGCAGGUGAAGGCAGGUCAGAAGGCAGGGCAAGGCAGGCCGAGUCAGGUGCUGGUGCAGCGGCCAGGCAGCCUCAAGAGCCCCGCUGCUGCUGUCAAAAACACAGCAGUGAAACCGGGGCAGGGGCAGGCCGGGGCACAAAAAACGCAAGCGCAGGGUGUGGUGGCAAAGGCACAGGGACAAGGGGCGGUGAAGUCCCAACAGGAGAAGGAGAAGGAGAGGGAGGAGGGGGAGAAGGAAGAGGCAGGGGCGCAGGAGCGGUUGCAGGCGCACAUGGAAGCGCAGAUGAAGAAGAGUCCUCACUACCUGCAGCAGCAGGGGGAUGGGAAGGGGGGAAAGGCAGGGGAGAGUGAGGGCGGGAAGGAGGUAGGGGCGCAGGAGCGGUUGCAGGCGCACAUGGAGGCGCAGAUGAAGAAGAGCUCGGUAGCCUCCAGAGGAGGUUUGGCAGGUGCUGGUGGUGGGCUGCAUGGCAUGAGCAGCAGCAUGGGAGGAGGCAUGGGGACGGCAGGAAUGGGAAUGGCGGGAUUCAACGCGGUUGGCAGCGGUGGAAUGCACAGCGGUGGGGUACAGGGCAGUGGGAUGCAUGGCACCAUUGGCAGCCAGGUCAGCCAUGGCAGCACGAACAUGAAUGCAGCAACUGCAGCGGCCAUUGCAGCAGCGGCUGGGAGCAUUGUGAGCGGCACAGGCAGCUCUCAGAGCCGCUCCUGCAGCCGCACGUCCAGCAUGCGAUCCGAGCAGGACUUGAACUUGUCCAAGCUGAGGAACGGCAGCAUUUCCUCCAACGAGUCUUGCCUCUCCAUGUCAACACGCCAGCCACGGGGGCGGCCAAUGAAUGCAGCAGCAGGCAACCAAGCCGGCCCUCCUCCCCUCAGCCAGAGCAUGGGCACCAACGUUUACCACCACCAUCAGCAGCCAAGCACUGGCAACGUCAGCGCAUACUCACAUCAACCGCCGAACAUGGGCAACAACACGGGCAGUCAUUUCCACCAGCAGCAUCAGGCCAAUCGUAGCCCGUUCUCCACUCCACCUGCAAGCCCUCCUUUGAGCCCGACUCGAGGGUUUGGGAUAAUUGGAUUAGAUGGCGGCGCGACGGGGAACGGGGAAGGAGGUUCAGGAUUCGGUUCGGCAGCUGGAGAAUUCUCCAUUAGGUUCGGCAGCAGCCGCGGAAGCAGUGGAAGCGGGGGGGGAUCCGCGGGGGAAUCGGCGGGAAAGGCGUUUUGGGAGGAUUCGAGUCGAGCCGCGGCGGCGAUCGACGAUCUGCUCGUUGCGGCAAUGCGCAAAUCACGCUGGCGGGAUUUGGGAGAAUCCGCGCAACAGCUGCUGUGGUCUUCCCCCGAUCAAGGGAUCAGGGGAAGCCUGAUCGGUGGCGGGAAGGGCGGAGGCGGAGCGGGGAGCGCGGGGAGCAGCAGCGGGGGAGAGAGCCUAGCGGAACGGCGGAGGCUCAUGCGGUUAGGGUAUGAUGGGGGAGAAGGGGAGGUAGCGGGGGGCAAUGGCGGAAAACUGGACCAAUCAGGAGGCGCCAGCGCGAGGACCUUGCCUGCGUCUCUGAUUGGCUCCGGGAACCAGGGCUUACAGGGGAAUGCUGACGUGUACCGUGCUCUAAACGAGCGGCUGGCUCGCGAUGUGACUAUAGUGAUCAGCGCAAAGCACUCUUUCGGAACAGCAGCCGCGCAGCUGGACGCGAUUCUCGCGACCACUCCCCCCUGCCCAGUGAUCUACAUGAUCCCCGGCGCAAUGGACGCGCGCACGCGCGCGCACGUCAGGCGCAGGCAAGCGGAGAGCGCACGUGGGAUGUGGGGUGGCUGGGGCGGCGGAGGGGGAGGCGCAGGCGCGGGGGGGGCAGCGGGCGGCGGAUUAGGAUUCGCUGAGAAGCAUCCUGAAGGGGUGAUUUUCCUGCCGUUCAUUUGGGAGUGGGGGGGGGAUGCGGGGGGCGGGGGGGCGAAGCUCAGGGCGGGGGGUCUCAGCAGAGGGGCGGGCGUAGGGGGAGGGGCGGGGGGAAGGGGGAGAGGGGCGGUGACGUAUGGUGGUGCGACGAACCUGGGUGGUAGGCUCGGUGCCGGUGCUGCUGCAGGUGCGGCCACUGGUGCUGGCGCUGCUGGUGUGGCUGCUGGUGCUGCUAGUAGCGGUGGUGGUGGUGCUGCUGGGGGGGGCAGCAUGGGUAGCGGGUCAGUGGCGAAGCAAGAGGGCCUUAAAGCCCAUGCCGCCUUUGCCUCUGACAUGCUAUUUGACGACUACAGCAACGACGGGAAGCUGUACCCACAGCCAAUAGAAGACGUCCACGUGGCAGGCACCAGGGAUCCGAGCCUGCUGGACCCUCGGGAAUCUCCGGUAGGCGUGGAGGACCACUGCAUGCUGGUUCGGCAGUCGUUUCUUUCCGAAGCUGUUCUGUUCGACCCUAAGGUCGGGUAUACCCGGCAGGAUUUGGACUUAGCGCUUACGACUCGGUAUUUUAACUACAAGUCUUACUUAGUGCCGCAGUCUAUAGUGGUGUACCACCACCCGUCUUCCAGCGUGGGGGCGCGGGAUUUGAUCUACUUUGCGCGGCAGAGCGGCGCUGACGUGUGCUCGGCCAAUCAGGUGUUUCUGCGGCACAAGUGGGGGGUUAUAACGGGGCAGCAGUGUAGAGGGUUCGUGGACGCCACUUUAAGGGGCCACGUGUGGACAACAGAGGGCCAGGAGGGGGAUGGCGAAGGGUGGCAGGUGAACGGUGCAGGUGUUGCAGGCAAUGCUGCUGGUGGUGGUGGGGAGGAGGGUAGUGCAGUGAAAGGGGGAGUCGAGGCAGGUGGAAAGGGUACUAGCCUUGACAGCAGCAGCAGCAGCAGCAGCAGCAGCAGCAGCAGCAGCAGUAGUGCCACACCCCCCGCCCGUUUUCUCAUUCCCAAGGGCCAAUCAGAGCAGGCUCAGCUCGUCCUCGCCUUCUUCUCAUUGGUCGGUUUCAACCGCUUCCAGAUGCGCAACCUGCCAGCCUGGCAACCCCUGCCGCCCGCGCCGCCAGCUGUUACGGAACGUGGUAACGCGGUUACGCGUGGUGCGCUGUGUGCCGAGCAUAUCGGACGGGUGCGAGAUGGGGUGGCGGGUCGGGGCCGUGCCGGACGCGUGGCGGCUGCUGCUGUGGGCGUGGCGGCCUCAAAGCGUGCGGACAGCACAAGUGCUGCUGAUGAACGCUGA